AUGAAUUACCAUGUUAUUGGCAAUUCUUUAUCAAGGAAUCCAAAACCUGGACAAGUUGUUGCAGAGUUAAUAUUCUUACCUCAUAAGGCCAAGUUGAUAGGUGCAGACCGAUCCAAGGACCUUGCUGUCUUGCAGAUCAAGGGAGUAACAAACAACUACCCUCUCAAAAUCAUUGUAAGAAAAGUCAGCGUAGAGGAAGAGACAUUCGAUCCUGAUUAUCUCAAGAGAGCGUUCUUCACUAUCAAUUGGGAUGCCCUAGUCUACGCGUCAAACACCUUGGGAUACACCGAGCUCCCUGACAAAGUCCCCGAUGCGUCGGUGCUCGAUUCCAAUGAGUUUUUGAAGAAAUUCCACCAUGCACUCCUUGAACUUCAACUCGAGGAAGGUGUACUGCUUUGCCCCGAGACUUAUCGCCGGUUCCCUGUUAAGAACGGGUCACCUAAUAUGAUUCUUCGUGAAGAUGAGAUGCGCCUUCCAAGUAAGGAGGAGGCGGAGAAUAGAAAGGCGGAGGCUGAGAAUAGAAAGGCAGAGGCCGAGAAGAUAGCCAAGAAGAAAAUGAAACGAGCCAUGAAGGAAAAAAAGAAAGAAAAACAGGAAGAACCACCGAAAAAAAUUGAGAUGGAUUGGAUCGCCAAGUUCAAGCCGAAAAUAGAGUUUGUACCCAUGAGCAGUGAUACUUGGGAUGAGUACAAUCCAUAAGGAGUGUUUGUUUGUUUGGUUGUUUGGUUGUUUUUUGUUUUUUUUAUGUAAGACCACAAAACCUCGGUUUAUCUGAAUCCUCAUGUUAACUACAAUUUGCAUGAAAUAUUUGUUUAGGAAUGCC